AAGGUGAACACUCCCGACAUGCACCGAGGUGCGGGGAGUGUCCUGGCUAUCCAGCACUCCCAGUUUGGUGAGCAAAACAGUAAUUAGCAGCUCUGUGAGUUCCUUAGAGAAGCAGAGGUAGCUGUCAGCUCGUGCCAUGCUGUCAUGCUUCUUCCAAGUUUCAUCAUUUCUGAAUAAAUGAAGAAAGUGACUAUGAAAGCACAGCAUCUGCCUUCUAUUGCCAUCAAUGAGGAGAAGUUUAUAACCAGAGAGCACCUCAGUUCUCUUCUGAAGACCUAUAACUCUUACUAUUCUGAUCAAGAAAAUCUGCAACUGUCAUGUAAUCAGCAAGAAGGAAGUAAACCAUUUAUUGAAGGAGUCUUAUCGAUAUUUUGGGGAGUUCGACAUCCUAUCCGCUUAAAAAUUCAGGAUGAGAAGCAGAUACCCUCUUUUGUAACCCUGAAGUCAACAGAGAAUGUGGGUUUGUUCCCCAGUAAAAGGGGAAUGACACGAUGGGGAGAAUUUGAUGAUCUGCAUCACAUUAGUGGGGAGACAUUGAAAUCUACUGAAGAGAAGCUGAACUCUGAGAAAAGUUAUUUGUGUUACAAAAGCAGUACUCUGAAGUCCAAGAGCGAGCAGGAACAUGACUGUGCUACUCUGCCCAGGGCAGUCAGCAGCGCUGCAGCUGUAAAGAAGAGGACCAAGUUCCCCAUGAUCGCAAGAACAGAAGUGGAAACUCACAGAUUUUCUAUUAAUGGCCACUUCUACAACUAUGAGACAUCAGUUUUUACUCCAGCUUCUGGAUCAGAAACCAAAAUAAGAAUUAACAGCCAUAUGAGAACAAGGGAAGUAAUAGAACAGUUGCUUCGAAAGUUCAAGAUAGAAAACAGUCCCCAUGAAUUUGCACUUUAUAUUAUCCAUGUGUCUGGAGAAAAGAAGCAGCUGAGGAGUGGAGACAUUCCCUUACUGCACAGACUCCUGCAGGGGCCAUCAGAGAAGAUUGCCAAGUUUUUUCUCAUGGACAGAGAUGUGGAAGAGGUCAGCAGCGAUGUUGCUCAAUAUAUUCAAUUUCAUCUCCCCUUUUUGGAAUCAAUUCUGCACAGAAUAAACAAAGAAGAAGAACAGGAGAUUCAGCAGACAAUUGCAAAUGAAAUUCUGUCUGCAGCUGAGACCCAAGAUUUGUCCAAGUACUCCAGCAAAGUCCUUAUGAAAGGUGAGGAUCAGGUUGAGGAGAGGCUCUUCCACUUUUCUUACUCACUGCAGUAAAUGCCCACUAGAGGUUUGGGGACUCAAUUUGUUAUCAUACUAAGGAGGAGAAGAGAAGCAAUCAUUGCUAAUGGGUGGAUUAUGGGUGUCAGGAGAGGGAUCUGCAGCCCAGUGUUUAAUGUGGAAGAUUUAAAUGUGUGCUGUUUCUGUUGAGAUUACUGGCUGUUUGUUAGCAGCAGAAAUGCUUUUUACUGGAAAGCAAAGCCUAUAUGCCAGCUAAGUAUGAGAGCAUAAGACAAACCUCCAAUGUCUGAAAGGGAAGAAGUGAUGGUUUGAUGGCUGGAGUAGAUGAUCUUCGUGGUCUUUUCCAACCUUCAUGAUUCCAUGAUUCUGAGCAAGAUAUUCUUCAAGUUAAUAUCCUGUUCUUCAAACUCCCCCCCCCUCCCCCAUCCCCCUUCUUUCCCUGAUUUCCUAACCUCCUACUUUUAACUGUUUUCCAAAUUCCCCAGAGACUGGCUACAGCUGAACUGCGCACAUAGCAGGGUACAAAGGGUGACAUUUAAGACUUGUCCUUGUCUUUAUCUGGCACCUGUAGGCGUGAUGGUCUAGCCAAGUGAAACACCAAUGCUGAAUGUCAAAACAUGCUAUCUUAACAACACACAGUCACUGUUAUCUUAAUAUAACACAAACUUUGGUUGCAAUGACCUGCUCACACAGCAUUUUUGUGUAUAGUGGGGAACUUGCUUGCAGGUAACAAAUCAAAAUGCAGUUUUGAGAAGGCAACAACUAAUUCUUUUAGGCCCCUCUGCAAAAGACACUGCUCUCAAGAUACUGAGUCUUGUGCAGCUCAUUCUGGACCUACCAGAGUUUUAAGUUUUGGAGUAUAAAUUUUCUAUUAACUCCUUCUCGGUGUUUGCCUGUCUGGAGUUCUUCUGGUUGAGUCAUCUUGCCGCUGUUUUUUUUUUUGUUUUGUUUUUUGUUUUUUUUUUCUUAAUAUGGCAUGGCAGUUAGCUAGCAUAGCGCUUUGCCAGUGAAUACCCAUUCAUUUCAGGUUUAGUAGAUAAACGUCAAGCAGAAUGUUUAAGGUAUCUCAAAUAGUAUUAGAUGCCACCUUCUACACAACUAAAUCAUAGCUGUAGGUGCUGCAGGUCUGAAGAACAAGGCAAACAGAUCAGUAUAGAAUGCCUUAGACUUCUAGAGACUUCGUAUUUUUGCAUCUGCUAAUGGCCCAAAUUAAUGGUGGAAGUUAUUGUUUGAUUCCUUAUGUUUUCAGCCCCGAAUAGUAAUCAGCAUUUCAUAUUUAAUAAGAUGUUUCUAAACAUAUAAACAAACAUGUACAUACAAAUGAAGAUUACCAAAGAUUUCAAGUUUACAAUGGAAAAAUCCUCACUCGUUUUUCUCCUCUUUGUGCCCUAUUAAAUUCAAGGAUUCUGGAGAGUUAAUUUUCCUGAGGAAAUAAACAGAAAAGAAAGGAGGGUAGAGAAGUAAAAACACCUGCAUUUUUGUAGGUUUUUCCUUAAAAUAUUGAAAGGUGAAAUUAUACAAGCUGUUUCUGAAGAAUGUACUUCGAAAUUUUUCUAAAUGAAAAAUUAAUCUUGUUUGACAAAGGUAGGUGAAAGACUCCAAGGUCUGAAAUGUCUCUAUUCUGACUGACUAAAUAGUACUUAUUCAAUACAGCACAAACAAUGUUCUUACUAUUCUGGGCAUAAAAUUUUGAUGUCCUGGUCUUCCUUUACCGGUACUCUGAGCUCUGGACUCUGGUACUGUCAAAUUAAAAUUUUCCAGGGAUUUUGAAAAUCAGGAAAAACUGAUUUGUUUCAGGGUCAGCCUUACCGCUGCAGUCUGCCACUGCACCGUAUGGUACGACUCAUGACAUUUUUUUACUGAUACCUCUUAUGCAAGAAAAUGGUGGGAUACAAGAACAGAUGUAAUGAGAAGGAAGAACGUUGGAAUGAUGGGGCCAUAUUGUGCUUAUGCACAAUUAUCUGAAUUCAGUUUCUUGUCAAGUGUGUGUGUAUAUACAAAUCCACAGCUUGUUUAACGUGAGGGAGGGACAGUUUUUCAGUGACUCAGUGGCUGUUACGUAUCAGUUUGGGUUGGCUGAAAAUAUAAACUUAAUUUCAUAUUCAGUUCCUACCAGUGGCUUAGAACACUCUCAUAUCUCCUCACUGUUCUUUUGGGGAUAUACUACACGUGCUGGGUUGCAGUUCAUAAAAAUGCCGUUGUAGCUCCAUAUCCUUAAAGUCUUUCCUGGGUCUACUGAGCUCGUUGGUGACCCGCUGUGUGCUUAUUUGUCUGGGAAUAUUCAAGCCCACCCUCAAAAUUUUUCUAAUUCAUCUGUAGGAAAUAACUGGUUAAGGUCAGCAAGUACUAUCUAUGGGCAUUGACUUUUCCGUAUGCACAUCACCCACACACCUGUUUCAGCCACUGGUGUCAAAUAAACUGACACAUCCACAGUCUAUUCAGAAAACUUAGGCAUUUCAUUUUGUAGGUCUUGAAAAUGAAGCAGCUAGUUUAGAUUCUGGUUCCAUUUAAUAGAAAUCACCAACAUAAGACUUCAGUAAGAGAGAGGAUUAGUUGGAAGCUUUCAAUUUGUCCCUCUUGAAAUCAGUGUGUUCUAAAAGGCAGAGCUUUGCAUGCAGGGAUGUAUGUCUAUAUGUAAAUUUGAACUCCUUUAUCUACCAGUCGUAGAAAAACAUAUGACACAUAAAAUGCCAUUAUUAGAAAUUCUUAGCUGAGGAGUUUCAGAGAAAAAUGACUAGUGGAAUGAUACUUGGUGAUUUUGUUGAUUUCUCUAAUCUGUUAGUUUUUUACUUCAGAAAGUAUUUUGGGUUAGAAACAGUGUAUAUUACACUCAAAAUAAACAUUCUUACAUUUCGCUGUAA